AUGCCCACGAUUCCUGCCCGUCGGUUUGCGAUGCAGCGACUGCGCGUCGGCCAGUCGAUCAAGGUCAUUGACUCCUCUGGAGGUCAGGUUAUCGACACUUGGGCCUUUGCCAUUCCCUCAACGCCGACCUUUCCACGAUACAUGUCAAUGACCCAUACUCGGUCCACCCUGCAGAAGCUUCUUCCAUCCGUGAACGAAUCAUUCCUCGACAACAAACGGGAUCCUAUUCUGACGCUGGUUGAGGACACCUCUCCCGGCGCACACGACGUUCUCUAUGCGGCUUGCUCUCCGGAACGCUACCUCCAACUUGGUGGCGACAAAGACCACGAUAACUGCGCCAACAAUCUUCGCAACGCUGUACGGCAAUGCACAGAGCCAUCAUUCAGUCACGUCGCCGGGUUUCUCGAGAGUGGCUGGAUGCCCGAUCCCCUGAAUCUAUUCAUGAAGGUCGGUAUCGAUGGCACCAAGUUGCAAUGCUUGGACCCGGAUAGCAAGGCGGGGGAUUAUGUUAUAUUAAAAGCGGAGCAAGAAUGUAUGGUGAUUAUGAGUGCUUGUCCGAUGGAUUUAAGUGCUUGUAACGGGGGUGAGCCCAGCAGUGCAGACUUCGAAGUUCUGGGCGCGUGA